AUGCCAUUUUCAAAGUAUGAUAUGCAACUUGAACACUUUAUGUCAUUUGUUGUGUUGUUAGAGAUAUAUCACGGGGAGGUACUCGUAAAAGGCUUCCGAUAUGCAAGAUUUAUGGCAGCGUUGCUAAAAGAAUCCUCAGCCUCUAUAACAGGCGUUGAAGUUGUCCAGUGUGGUUUCGGUGAUACUGGCCGAAGCUGUGAGACUCACGGGUUCUGUGGCCAAGUGUUUAUGAUCGAUCGUGCGGAUUCGUUUAACUUAAAACUCUUUUCAACACAAUGUCUCGGCUCAAGAGUUAUAGACAACGAUCACAAUUGUUAUCAAUCUUUCACGCAUAAGCUUCGUCCACGAUGCGUAUAUACAGGAAGAGUCGCAGUGACCUCGGUUGGUAGCGUGCUGAAUCACCGUCGGCAACUUCACACGCAUAUGAAUUGA